AACUUCCCAUCACUGUCUCGGAGCGGCUCAUGUUUCGGGAAGCGGGGUCUUUAGACUCCGCCCUUGUUUUGUCAGUUUUCAAUCUUUCUGUUUCCAUGUCAUAGAAAACAGAGAAGCUCCAGACGGAAGCUUCAGGACCAUAAAGCUCGGCUUCAGGUGGACUCGUCAUGAGCAGCGGGUUCAGACCUGCGUCCGUGAAGAGAUGGAGGCGCAGGUCCGAGCUCUGCUCCUGCUUCUAGUUUUAACCCCAUCUGUUGCUGAGAAGAACCUGACAGGAACUGUGGGAGGAAGCAUCACUCUGCCUAAGCCUGUGCUGGAGCUGGGAUUCAUUAUAUAUGAAGCAAAGGCUCUAGCCAUGGUGACUGACGGGAAAAUGAAGAUAGUAGAGAAAAUGUAUGAGAACAAGCUUCUGUGGAGCGACAGAACUGGAUGCUUCACAAUAACAGACCUGCAGAAAAACGACUCAGGGAUUUAUACUGUUGACCUUAAAGGAAGUGGUGUCACAGCUUAUAAACUCAGCGUGUUUGACUCCGUCUCGGCUCCGACAGUGAACAGACUUGGCUCCGACAGCUGCGUCCUGCUGUGUGAGGUGGUCAACGCUGAGGAGACCACUCUGCUGUGGUACAAAGAUGACGAGGUGGUGAAGCAGAACAGCUCGGCUCCGUCUCUGUCGCUCACUGUACACGAGCAGGACUACAGAUCCUCCUACAGAUGUGUGGCUGCCAACCCCGCUGAACACAAGGCUGAACCAGUCAACCUGGAAGAGACCUGUGGACCCACCUACACAGGAAGGAACCAGGAGAAGCCGGAGGAUCGGAGUCGAGUCAUUGGCAUUGUUGUCUCCAUUGUGUCUGUGGUCGUCAUUGCGAUUGUUGGUAUCAUGAUUAAGAAGCGUUACCACAACCAGAAACCCACAGCAGCACAAGGUCCAGACAACGUGGAAACAGAGGUCCAGUACACUGAUGUACAUUUCUAUGACGACACACGCGGUCAGCAGAGAGAAAAUGUCCCAGAACCCUCAGGAAACCACGGCCGCACCCAGCUGGAAACGGUCUAUGAUAAACUGGAGGUUCACCGCUUGGUCCAACAUUCAGACCGUGGUUAGGGUCAACAAAGACGUUUCACAUACAGGAGGAACGUCCAUGAUGACGAUGGAGGGCCUUUAAGUUCACACAUUUCAUUCCUUUCAGCUUUUUCUGACAUUUCUGUUUUUACCAGUUUAUGUGUUGCGUACAUUUCAUGUUCACAUCCAUUGACAUGGGUGAGGUUCUUGGCUGGUGAGGAACCAGGUGAGGUUUUACUAUAUUUAUAAUAAGUCAGACAAUCUUUCUACUUUAAUUGGCAGAAUGUAUUUUACUACUGACCACAUUUCAUAUGUUAUCAUCAUUAUAUAUGAUCUUUCACCCAAAGAAAUGCAUUAGGUCCUAAAGGAACAUUUCUUUUAUAGCAGUGAGUAUAGCAUGUCUCAAUUUUAAAGAGAGGUGUAAAUGUUCAAUUUCAACCCUUUUACAACUUUACUUGUAAUUCUGGAUCAAUCAGUUUUACAGGUUUUGCAUUUUUGCUCCUUAAAAUAAGAAAAUAAUUUACUCGAGGUCAGAAACUUUCAAGAACAAAAUUGCAGCCCCUCCCUGGGUUUCUCCACAUAUUAGAUCUGGAAAUGUGCAAAUUCACCAGUUUUGUGAGGAAAAUGUUAAUUAUUCAAAUUAUAGAGAAAAUGUAUUUCUAAGACAGAUUAGUGGACAGAUUCUUCUUUCUUGUUUCUUUUCUUCUUAGAUAUGCAUUUCUGUUUUGUGUUAUUAUAGUCAUAAUGUGGUAUUUGUCACAAUGGUGGCGUGGCCAGUACAUGUUUUGCUUCAUAAUAUAGUUAAUGACAGGUGAUACUCGAAAAAAUGUAUCAUGCAAAAGUUAAUUAAUUUCAGAUGCAACUUAAAGGUGAAAGUAAUAUGAGAUAGACUCAUUACAUGCAAAGCAGGAUAGUUCAAGUCAUGAUUUUUCACAAUUGAGAUUAUGGUUUACAGCUCAUGAAAACCUCAAAUCCACAAUCUCAGAAAAUUAAAACGAAAAGGUUCAAUGUUUUACGCUCAAAGUGUCCCACUCUAAUCAUGGCUUGAGCUACCUUUCUUUGCAUGUAAUGAAUCUAUUUCAUAUUAGUUUCACCUUUUAAGUUGCAUCACUGAAAUAAACAUUUUGCCACAUUUUUUGAGUAUCACCUACUAAAAACACUGUUCCAUGACCAGCAGCAUUUCAGAAACACUUUGUUGUUUUCUGCUGGUUUGUUAAGAUCCACCAUCUAAGAUGGUGGAUCUUAACAAACGCUCCUGCGGAACGAAUCUGAGGAAGCCUACGGAACCCAAGUCAGUUCAAUAAGGAAUUUAAUGAAGAACUCAGAGAGGUUAACAAAAACACUCUAAACUGAACACUGAAACUGGUUGGCAACUGAAUCGACUAUGAAACAAUAAAGAAAAUAAUAAAGCAAUUAACAAAACUGA